GAGACUGAUGACAGGUAUUGUGUCUGUGAUAUAAAGGCAGCAGGUACAUACCUCAGAGACUGACUCUCUGCUGACUGACUGGCACCCAGUCCUCCCUGCAGCCUGUGACAAUGACUGGCCAGCACUGCUGGGGAUACGGAGAGGAGGACGGUCCCUCUGAGUGGCACCGGUAUUUUCCCAUCGCCCAGGGGGAUCGCCAGUCGCCCAUUGAUAUAGUCGCCAGUAAGGCUGUUUACAAUCCCAGCCUGAAACCGCUGGUGGUGUCAUACGACCAGUGCACGCCUAUCAACCUGUCCAAUAACGGCCACUCGGUCAUGGUGGAGUUUGACGACAAUGAUGAUAAAACAGUGAUCAGCGGGGGGCCACUUAAUGAAUCAUACCGCCUCAAGCAGUUCCACUUUCACUGGGGAAACCAGUGCCAUGAAGGGUCAGAGCACACCGUGGAUGGGAAGUCCUACCCCUGUGAGCUGCACUUGGUUCAUUGGAAUGCAAAAGUGUACCCCACAUUCGCAGAGGCUGUGGCCGCUGCUGACGGGCUGGUGGUGAUCGGCGUCUUCUUGGAAAUUGGAGCAAAGCACCCGGGGCUGAACAGACUGACAGACGCUUUGUAUAUGGUCAGGUUUAAAGGAACCAAAGCACAAUUUGACAACUUCAAUCCUAAAUGCCUACUGCCAGAAAGACUUGACUACUGGACGUACCCCGGUUCCCUGACCACGCCGCCCCUCAACGAGAGCGUAACAUGGAUUGUCCUGAAAGAGACUAUCAAGGUUUCCGAAAAACAGAUGGAACGGUUCAGGAAGACCCUUCUGUUCUCCGGAGAGGAGGAAGAAGAGAGGAUCCACAUGGUGAACAACUUCCGGCCUCCGCAGCCUCUCAAGGGCAGGAAAGUGGAAGCAUCUUUUAAGUGCUGAUGUCACCAAGGACCACAAACUAUCUCGCCAGCCAGAGACUGUUGGCUGACCACGGGGCUCCUCCUCGCACCACGUCCUGCCUUACGCCAUUCUGCCCUCCACCUCUAGACGAGCACUUUCCCACUGAUUUCUCACUGUUACACCUUAAUUUAUAGUUGAAACAUCCUGUUUUAUAAAGAAUGGAAAUGCUGCAACCCCCCACCUUCCCCCAUCCCACCACUGUGGCUGUUUUGUACUGACCCCCGACCCCCACCUGUAGGGCCUGUCCACCAGCCAUCUACCUGUAAUAUAGUUACGCUGCUUGGUUAGGCCAAUCAACGAGACCCUGCUACUGUUGUUGUGACUUGCGUUACACUAUGGCUUACAAAACCUGCACCUGUCGUGGAAACCCAGUUACAUUGGGGUCUAUUCAUGAAGCAGUGAAAACUGUGGAGAAGUGAGCCAGUGGAGAAGAACCAAUCAGCAUUGAAGUAACAUCUAUAAUUUGCAUACUAUAAAAUCAUACAGAGCAGCUGAUUGGUUGCCAUGGGCAACUUCUCCACUGGCUCACUUCUCCACUCUUUUCACUGCUUCAUCAUGAAUAGACCCCCUUGUGAGCUGAACCACUGUUCACUGCUUCUGCAUUACCACGAUGAUCAGCACAGACCAGAAAAUGGUGUCCACCACCACGUGUAAUCCAUAGGUGCACUUUAAUGCAAAGCUAUAGCUAAAAUAAGAUAUAUAUAUAUUUUUAUAUGUUACAAAAAAGGAUUAAUUGUUCACUCUGUAGCUGAUUGCUGAUUGACAGCGACAGCUGUGUUUACUCAUGAAAUCAUGCAACACUUUCUCACUGUACACUGCCAUAUUUCUGAGAAAGUCCAUCCCAUGCCAUUGCCUUUCCUGAGGAGGCCUACUGUAAAUCUUACGAACGUGCACUGCCUCCACCGAACCGGCGGUGACUGCUCAAUGCCGAUUUACCGCUUUAAAAUGGCAGCAGAAGGGCAGGGACAAGCUGGAGGCAUAAUCACUGCAAUAUACUUGACCGGUUCCCAUCGCUCACGUCCCCGCCUUCCUCGUUUUAUUGGUUGAGACUGUGAGAGAAAGGGAGGAGCAGUUCCUGGUGAGAUGGGCUACGGAGCACGUUCGUAUCAUUAUUAGUAGGCAACUAUGCAGAUUUGAGAUAAUCAUUGUAAUUCUUGUUGAGUUACUUGCGUUGGACAAUCAUGCUCCUGAUCACAGUAUGGAUGUUUUGCAGAACAAAUUUAUAGAAUAUUCUAUGUUGAUGUAAUCUGUUCACCUGCAUUGUACGAGUUAUUGGCACCACACAGAGGCCCUCAUUCCGAGUUGAUCGCUCGCUAGCUGCUUUUAGCCGCCGUCGUCUGGGAGUGUAUUUUAGCUUAGCAGAAGUGCGAACUAAAGGUUAGCAGAAUGGCGGUGAAAUUUUUUCAAGCAGUUUCAGAGUAGCUGCAAACCUACUCCUUCCUUGUGAUCACUUCAGACUGUCACUGAUCUGUACAUGCCUUUUAUUAAUCUGUUGGAAAACGCUAAAUUGUAGACACAAUGUUUGUGCAAGACGUAGGCCAAAUAAACUGUUUGUUUUUUAUUUAAAUGCAA